AUGCCGCGCCUCUACCGCCGAUCGCAGGUCCCCGUGCAUAUCAAGCGUGCGAUUUGUGCCCAGCAUGUGAGCAACCCCAACAUGCGCCAGGUCGACCUGGCGCGGUGGUGUUUCACGCGCUACGGGAUCCGUCCCGACCAUAGUACUAUUGGGCGCGUCUUGAAGAGCGCUGACCGUUGGGUCGCCCUGAAUAACAACAGCGUGCGCAUGCGUGGCGGCGCAUACCCGGAGCUGGAGCUCGCAAUGGUGCGGUGGAUUCCAAACGCCGGCCCUGCGGGAGUCCCGCUCACCCUCGCCACCAUCCGCGACCACGUCGCGGUCAUCGCGCGCGGCAUGAAUCUCCCCCCCACGUUCCGCUGCUCCGUAGGGUGGGUGCGCCGCGCCAUGCGUCGCCACGGCAUUCGUUGCCGCAGCGCGACUGGCGAGGCCGCGGACCAGGAUCACGCCGCGGUGCGGACUUGCCAGCAGCAACUCCCGCAGCUUCUGAUGUACCUUGCUCUCCGCCCCUGCGACGUGUAUAAUUUCGACGAGACGGCACUCUUCCUCUCUGUGCUACCGCGCAAGACAUACGGAGGUGCGCGUGUCGCCGGGCGCAAGCUGGCAAAGCAGCGUCUCACCGUCGGGCUGCUUGUUAACGCGGACGGGAGCCACGCCUUCCGCCCAUUGGUGAUAUCGAAGUCUAAGCGCCCUCGGGACUUCCUUCCCGAUUACGACCCUGAGGAUCUCUGCUAUUGGCGUAGCAACGCCAAGGGCUGGAUGACGGCCCCAUUAUUCCAGCACUUCAUCGAGCAGCUUAACACUGCCAUGGUGGCCAAGGACUGCAACAUUGUCAUCCUGGUUGACAAUGCCAGCAGCCACAACCUGCAGAGGGCUGAUUGCCACCACGAAGGCACGCUACGCCAGCACUGGCUCCGCACGGUCACAAGCCUGUGGGAGGCCGGCGGCUCGCCUGCUGCGCUUGCGCGCUAUCGCCCGAACAUGCGUGAUGUCAUCGCAUGGCUCUCCGAUGCCUGGAUGAACAUCCCCGCCCGCACGAUCCAGCGCUGCUGGUGGCGGACGGGCUGCAUGCCGCGCUCCUGGGCCAUGGAUCUUGCGCAUGUCGGCCGUGACGGACUCGCCCCGGUCGGCGACGGCGUCGUGGCGGCGCUCCCCAUCGACCUCGACGAGGACAUCGGCGAAGUCGGCAUCAUGAUCGCCGGGCUGCGCCUCGGCCCGAGCGCCAUGCCCGCCGCCGAGUUCGUCGCCAUCGACGACGACCAGCCUACGUGCGCGGAGCCGGGCGACGAUCCGCUGGCCAUUGAGCCCCGCACGCCGUAUUCGGCGACAUCAUGGGAGCCGCCCGCCACCAUGCAGGAGGUGUACGAUGACGACCAGCCCGAGAGUCGCGAGGCGAGGCGUUAUGCGCGGGCGGCAAGAGAGAUGUUAAUCGGCUAUGCCAAAGCGACCGGCAUCACCCCGCGCAACCUGUGCGCGCUCUUCGAGAUCAAGAACCCCAUCAUCGUGGCGCACAUGGAGCGCGCGAGCCCGCCCCUGAACCUCAACGCGGCACCUCCAACCACCCCUGGGCUGCUCGCAUCUGAGGGUGGCGCGCCUUCGCCGGCCGCUCAUGUGGACGGCCCCGCGGCGACUCCUCGUCGCCGCGGGCGCGUCCUUCCUGCGUAG